AUGGCAGAGGAAGCAGGGCAGAGGAAGGAGGACAGAGGAAGAGAGGCAGGGGUACAGAGGCAGGGGGACAGAGGAAGGGGGGCAGAGGCAGGGGGGCAGGGGGACAGAGGCAGGGGGACAGGGGAAGAGAGGCAGUGGGACAGAGGCAGGGGGACAGAGGAAGAGAGGCAGGGGGACAGAGGCAGGGGGACAGAGGCAGGGGGACAGAGGCAGGGGGCAGGGGGGCAGAAGCAGGGGGACAGAGGAAGAGAGGCAGGGGGACAGAGGAAGAGAGGCAGGGGGACAGAGCCUGGGGGACAGAGGCAGGGGGACAGAGGACGAGAGGCAGGGGGACAGAGGAAGAGAGGCAGGAGGACAGAGGCAGGGGGACAGAGGCAGGGGGACAGAGGCAGUGGCUGGCAAGCUACUUCGGACUGGCCAGGGGACAGAGCAGGGACGUGGCGAGGCCAGCACGUGGCGGAGGGGCGAGAGGAUGUUGUGUCUCUGGCCCAGUGUGAGAGCCUCCCUCCGGGGAAGCUGGCGUUGGACGCGGGGCCCAACGGGUCGCUGACCCCCCCUCCCUUGUCUCUGUGA